AUGAACAACGCGAACAACACCCAACCUGACAACGUGCCACUCACAUCCGCAACUGAUAUACCACGGCAUAACCAACCACUUACAUCCGCCACAUAUAUUCCCGGUCAUGACACUAUGGGCGUCGGUAUCCCACCCUUGUUUGAAGCACGAACGCCGUAUGAAGCAUACAGCCAUAAUCAACCACGACUGAAUCAAGCGCACGGCAUUUCAAGUGUCGGUGGCACAUACACAAGGGACGACUCGGCCCUCUAUGGGAAUGUUCACUACGACAAGGAGCAACAACCGGGCCCAAGCCGGGCCCCCGAUGUCGGGAAGUCGUCUAGCAAUCGUCACAACGGGACCGGCAACCUAUCACCUAGCGAAGCCCCUGAUCAUUGGCCAUUGGACCGAGUUCUUUUGUGGCUUGCCGCAAAUGGAUUCUCCGAUGACUGGCAAGAAACAUUCAAAGCAUUGGAGCUUCAAGGGGGCGAAUUUCUCGAGCUGAGGCUUGGGUCUGGUGGACGGGGCAACCUUGGCAAGAUGCAUCAAGUUGUUUACCCCCAGUUGGCCAAGGAGUGUGCCCGCCGUGGCUCUAAAUUUGACCUUGGCCACGAACGCGAGGAAGGGAAGCGCAUGCGUAAGCUGAUUCGCCAAAUUCACGAUGGUUCAGAGGAGGCUUCGGUCUCUACGCCACAGCGAACGGAUCUCCCACUGUUCUCAGCGGAGGCGCUACCGGGUUUCUACUCUAAUGCCGAGUCUCGUUCUGCUGGGGGUAGCAAUGACAUAGGCACUCGUCCUUCUCCCCAAGACCGCCAAUGCAGCUCAGAAAUAUCGUCCUCACUUCCGAGAGAGCAUAACAAUGGUAGUUUCAACUUCCUUCGAAGGAAGGCUAAGGCUGACUCGAGCCAUCCGUCGCCGGAAGAUCAGUUUCUGGAGUCUCCAACAAGCCCAGAAGCCCAUCAGAAUGGGCCUUAUCCUCUAUACCUGAAGCCAUCCUUCAAUUCCAGCGACGUCUCUGUCGGCGAAUGUCCGUCAUCGACGCACACGUCGGGUCAUGAGAAAGUCGGGAGGACAAAACACACUAGCAAAGGCAAGCGAUGGAUCCCUGUCACCAUGGAUGGCUGGAACUACCGCCUAAUUGAUGUGUCUGAGAUGGAAACUGCCGAGUCCUUGCGUACCGGUAUCUGCCAUUAUCUUGGUAUUUCCGACUGGGGUAAUGCGCAGAUCUAUCUCACUAAGCCUGAGCAGUCUGAGCAUGAGGAACCCAUAAAUGAUACCAAUCUGUCGCUCUAUCGCACAAACAGAUCCGAUCCUUACGGUUCUCUGAAGUUGUUCGUGCGAGGCGCUGUUGACCAAUCGGCGCAGAGCACUCCACGAGUCCACGGUCUUGGUGUCUCAUUUCCAGAGAAACCGGCUUCUUCCCCCACAACCUUACAACAUCAACUCCAUAGGAAACCACUAGAUGAAGAUACUCUCAACAGGAUAUCGCCGCACACUCAAGUCAAACCACUAGGCUCCCCCUCGCAUCAGACGUUCAAAACUUUUCCUGUUGCAAAUGAAUCUCAAGAUCGGACCACCGACUCCGAGAAAGAUACCCGUGCUCGCUAUGAGGAUAACUUGCGCAAGGCCGAGCGCAAGCAGAAGGCUUAUCGAGGUUCCCAGUUGCACCACUCGCAACAAACCCUGAAAGACGCUUCCGGCGACAUGGUCGACCCGCUAGUGCCUCCUCAGAGGGCACCGACUGCGCCAAAUGAAUCUAGCACGCUUACUAAGGUCAACUUCGCCAAAAGAAUUGCCUCCCGUGAGGCUCGCCCUCAACUACGUAUCUCAACACACGGUCUUGGAACCGGCCUUACGAGCGUCGGCCGCACGACUAGUGCAAUUGGCACGCCAUCGCCUUCAGUGCCGGUUUCUUUUAGCACCCCGAGCUGGGACAGUGCCAGCUCGGAGUCGGAACGGCCAGCUACUAUAGAUUCUGUUGUGUCAGCAUCGAGCCAGUCAGCUCUGCGUAAGUUCUUGCGGUAUUUGUUUGCAGCACAAUUAACUAACGAGCGUUUCAAUACAGUCCCCUUAAGACCCUCUCCGAAGCUGACUACCGAACAAGAAGCACAGAAAUCUCAGGAAUCAUUUGGUGCCCCAUCACCAGCGAUGACGCAUUCUUCUAUAGCAUCGCAGGAGCCGCCUCUCCAGUCGUUUGGAUCCAAAUUCAAGUUCGAGAAGCACGAAAUAUCCUUACAGCGGUCUCCUAAUCCGCUAGAGGAUUCUAAUGAUAGUUCCAAUGAUGGUCUUUGGACAAUUCAGCCGUCACACAAGGCUAAGCAAGCAGAGGCUAGUCCUCAAAAGGCAAAGCCCACAUUCCCUAUUGACACGGAGAAUAAAAGAAAUUCAGAAGUUCACUUCAGUAUUGAGAAACUGGGGGAUGAGAGAGACGACUGUGAUCAUGAAGCAGAAGAACACUCUCAUACUGAUUCUCCUUCAACGAUGGAAACAAGUUUUGCACUACCAGAGAACUUUGAAGAGUUACUCUUGCGCUGGACCAAGCUUGGACGGAAUGAGGUUCAAGCGCUCGGAAACCCUAGAUCUCAGAUAUGGACCGCUGCUACUACUAUAUGUUCACUUUCUGAUAUUUGA